CAUUUUGAAUGAAUCAUGCUUACACUUUUCCAACGCCAAUUUUUAUUCAAACAGGUUGACGGAGAUGGGCGGCUGAUGAUAUACUUCAAUUGUGAUACUAACGAGAGGGUACAGUGUAGCAUGCAGGUGCAGCAAAACAUGUUGCCACUGCGUGCGAUUUGUGUAAUUAGGUGGGCAUGUCGGUGUUGGCGGUUAAUCGUGCAGCUGUAGCUGCUUCCGGAUGGGAUUCGAAAGCGCUCGUUGAACUGAUAGGAAUUGCGGGGGCUUAGUCCGAGUCAACAUUCUAGAGCUAUAAAAUCACUGGGAUUUUGAACAUGAUUCUCACAUCCUCUUGCACCUGUAUUCGAUCGUUCCAGCGUUGAAAUGCAUUUUCAAACUCUUUUCUUUGUCGCCUUGGCCUGCGCUCUUUGCUGGGUGAACGCGGAUGGUUCAGCUAGUCAACUUGAUGAAUCCGGAAUAGAAAUCCGCUCUGGAGACGAAGGAGUGACGGGCAAUGAUUUAGAGGAUCGCGCAUUCAACGCUUUCAGUCAGGAAUGUCUGAAAGCUCAUAAUGACUAUCGCAGCAAGCACGGAGUUCCACCGUUGGCUCUCGACCCGACGGUGACUGCUAUAGCCGAAAAUUGGGCGAAAACGUUGGCAGCUCGAAAUAGUUUUUUCCAUAGUGGGACCCAGGGCUAUGGUGAAAAUCUUUACGCCAGCUGGGGAACCCAAGUGACUGGCAAAAUUCCGGUGGAUUCCUUCUACGCAGAAAUUAAAGAUUACAACUUCAAUGCUCCGGGUUUCUCCAUGAAGACAGGCCACUUUACCCAAGUUGUGUGGAAAUCUUCAAAGUUAAUGGGUGUCGGUGUGGCGAAAGGAAGCAACGGUGUUACUUACGUCGUUGUCAAUUAUUACCCACCGGGUAAUUAUUAUGGCCAAUUCCCUGCCAAUGUUCCACGACCACUCUAGUUUAUUUACUACUAAAUCAGAAGGGGCUAGAGGAGAAUUUAUUUUUAUUUUUUCCUUCUCUGUUUUGUUAAAAUUUUAAUCGAAAGAGAAAGAAAAUGGGGUUGUAGUUUUGGGUCGGGAUAAAAAUACAUAACACUAGUCAUUCGAAUGAUUAUUUUGUAAUUAUU